AUGAUCAAAGAAUACGAUUAUUUGUUCAAGCUAGUCAUUAUUGGUAAUUCUGGAGUUGGAAAGAGUUCGUUAUUAUUGAGAUUUGCUGAUGAUUAAUUUAGUGAGUCUUAUUUAACAACAAUCGGAGUGGAUUUUAGAUUUAGAACUUUGCCUAUUGAUGGCAAGAAUGUGAAACUACAGAUUUGGGACACAGCUGGACAAGAAAGAUUUAGAACGAUUACAAGUGCAUAUUAUAAGGGAGCAGAUGGGAUUGUAAUGGUAUAUGAUGUCACCUAAGGACAAUCUUUCGAUGACAUUGAUAAGUUUUGGUUACAUGAAGUUGAAUCGUAUGGAGAGAAGAAUGUUCAAUUGUUGGUGAUUGGAAAUAAGAAUGACUUGGAUGAACAGAAAUAAGUUGAAAGUUCUAAAGCAUAAGAGUACUGUAAAUCACAUAACAUGUUAUUUAUGGAGUGUAGUGCAAAGACAGCAGAUCAUGUAAAUAAUGCAUUUCUUGAACUCUCGAGAAAGUUGAUGGCUAAGAAGGAUGCUUCACAACCACCAAAAUCUUCCAAUCCUACACCAACUGGUUCUCAAUCCUCUUAAUCUAAAGCAGGAGGAUCCUAAAGUUAAAAUACAUCACAAACAAAACUUAGUGCCAAUUCAUCCAACCAGAAAAAGUAGAAAGAUGGAGGUUGCUGUUGAUUAUUCUAAUCAAAAUAUAACAUUUAUUCAUUUUAUAUGUUUC